AUGGACAUGUCCGGCUAUGGUCCUGCUCCGAGAGCACCAGCCGGAGCCCCCGUCCAGCCCUACCCCGCAGGCACCGUGCCAGGCACCGUGCCCGGCCUUCCACUCUGGGGCGCGCCGGGCAUGCAAACCAUGCCACAGUUCCAGACUGGACUGACAGGGCCUGGAAUGACUAUGCCGGCACCCGUGGGCAUACCCACAUUUUCCAUGGCCCAUAUGCCCAUGGCGGCGCCGGUGCCCACAGCUCCCUUGGCUCCUGUGGCUCCCUUGGCUGCCUUGGGUCCCUCAGCUCCGGUGCCAUCCGGGUCCAACGAUAGCUUUGCCGCUGCGGUGGCGGCUGCGGCUGCCGCGCUGAAUCAGCUGGGGUAUGCGCAGCCGCAGCCGCAGGACCCUUUGGCGGCCGCCUUGGCCAGCUUGGGCCUGGGCAACGUGGACCUACAAAGCCUUGGGCAAAGCCUUCAAGGCUUGUCGAUCCCCGGCCUCGACUUGGCGUCCAUUGGCCUGGAAAGCCUCGCGAACCCGAGUCCCACACCAGGGGUUGUUUCGCGAAGGGGCAAGGGGUACAAGGGCCCGCCAAAGGGCCCGCCAAAGGGCAAGGGCGGCGGCAAGGCCCGUAUUCAGGAUCUGCCGGUUCUCACAUCGCAGGAAGUGCAGGAGCCUGGGGUCUUCGUCAAUGCCGCCACGCAGAGGGAUGAGAGGAAAUGUAGAGCAUUGCUGGCGCACAAGGAUUUCAAUCGAGUGGACGACAAGGAUUCAGAACAUCGGACAGCUGUCCACAUUUGCAUCCUGAAAAAGAUGCCAGAGGAUGUUUGCCUCGGCAUCUUGAACCGGGAUGACUUCACAGAAGUCAAUGCAGUGGACCAGUUCGGCUACACGAUCCUCUCGCUGGCUGCCUCCAACGGAAUGGUGAAUGUGUGCAAGGCCGUCCUGGAUCACCCGGAGUUCACCCAGGUGAACUCCAAGGACAAGUGGGGCGCGACAGCGUUGCAUUGGGCGGCUGCCUCGAACCUGGGCUCGGUGUGCACUGCGAUCUUGGAGCACCCGGCCUUUGUGGAGGCGCACGUGGUGGCCUUCAGCUUCAAGUUCGAGAACCAGACCGCGCUGCAGGUGGCCGAGGAAAGAGGCUGCGGCGACGCAGAGCAGGCGAUCAAGAAAGCACUGAGCGCUUAA